AUGGAUUUAACCAUUAGUGAAAGUUUGAACGAAAGUUUUGAAGUAACUUCUUUAGACAAAAGUGCUGAUAUAACUAUAAGCGAGGACAAAAAUUUUGAAAUAACUUCCUUAGACAAAAAUCAUUUUAUCAAUAAUAAUUGGAACCUUUGA